GCCAAGUGCAAAGUAGGUGAGGAACAAGAAUAGUAAAAACUGUGUGAUUGAGAUUUGUGUUGAGGAGAGAGAAAUGUGUAGAACAACAGAUUAGUUGCUUUAAUAGGAAAGUAGAAAAGUUUUUUGGAACAAUAAAAAAAGGAAAGUUGGCAAAGUCCAAUGUGACGGAUGGAAUAACGUUUAGUCUAUUCACGCAGGAGAAAAAUGAUGGAUAGUUUGUCGUUAUUAACACGUUUCCUCCAAAAUACCCGAUUUGAGGGAUUGAGAAUGUGAGGAAGUGGAGGACUAUGGAAGCCUUCGACUUCCCCCUAUUCCUUUCAACCAAACACACACAAAUCACCCACUUCCCUCUCUUCCCUACGAAAUCCUCAACCAAACAGAGCCCUUAAACUUCUCUGGUAAAGAGUAAAACUGUGCUUAACGAGAGUAGAAGACAAGUAGUCAUUGGAGUGCGACUUUAAAAAAGUUAUUUUGACCUUCGGACCCUCAAUCCUCAUCGUUUCCAUAUUGCAUCAUUGACCACAGAGCUCACAGAAUGAAUAUAUAAAGUCUUCUUGCGUAACAAUGGAAUGGAACCACUCCCAUCAAAACUCAUCAAAUAUGGCCUCCAACAAGCAGCAGAAGAAGGAGCUUCAUAUAGUUAUGUUUCCAUGGCUUGCUUUUGGGCAUAUCACCCCAUUCCUGGAGCUCUCCAAGUCCAUAGCAGCAAAGGGUCACAGAAUCUCCUUCAUUUCCACUCCUCGGAACAUAGAUCGCCUUCCCCAGCUUCCACCCGGCCUGGAAUCCUCCAUCUGCCUCAAGCUAAGGGAGUUUUCUCUAACUACUCCGAGUCGGAGUAGUUAGAGGUCUCCGAGGUAUACAGGUAUGAGGCAAAAUGGAUGCUCAACUCACUAACUGGUAUCUGUUGGAACAGAGGUUGACCGGAUUAUAGCAGUGAAGAAUGGUUCAAACCUACUAAUCUCCCGACAGUGCAAUCAUUUUGAAUCAAAGUGGGUUAAAUUGCUGGAGUCUAACAGUCGACAACCCCUACUUCCCAUAUUGGGUUAAUGCGACCGACGUUUCAUGUUAGUGAUAAUGAUGACAGAAGCGAGGCUUGGGUAUCCAUUAAGGAGUGGCUUGACAGACAACACAAAUGCUCUGUGGUGUAUGUAGCACUAGGGAGCGAGGUGGUGGUCGGACCGAGUCAAAUCAAUGAGUUGGCUCACGGGUUGGACAAGAGCGGGGUUCCAUUUUUUUGGGUUGUGAGGACUCCGGUGGGAAAUCAUUCAUCAUUGGGCUUGCCAAAUGGGUUCGAAGAGAGGAUCAAAGGGCGGGGAAUAGUAUGGAAGACCCGGGCACCUCAGAGGAGCAUACUGAGCCACGACUCAGUCGGCGGGUUUUUGAUCAUUGUGGUUGAAGUUCUAUCAUCGAGGGAAUCACAUUUGGUCACCCACUAGUCAUGCUUCCCUUCUUGGUUGACCAAGGGAUUAAUGCCCGAGUUAUGGAGGACAACCAGGUCGGCAUUGAAGUCCCAAGAGAUGAAGAAGACGGGUCAUUUACGAGUGACUUUGUGGCUGACUCAAUCAGGUUUGUAAUGCUUGAAAAUGAGGAGGGUAUAAAAGUUCGAGAGAAUGCCAAAAUGCCCAGUUCGAUCUUUGGUGACAAGUUAAACGAUCAAUGCAUUUAUGCAUGGAAAAAAUGCUCAGUUCGAUCUUUGGUAACAAGAAUUUAAACGAUCAAUGCAUUUAUGCAUGGAAAAUCU